GGGGAAAAAAAUAGUGGCUUUGAUGUCCUUUACCAUAACAUGAAACAUGGACAGAUAUCAACAAAAGAACUAGCAGAUUUUGUGAGAGAAAGAGCUACAAUAGAAGAAGCAUACUCCAGGUCAAUGACGAAACUAGCAAAAUCUGCAAGCAAUUAUUCACAACUUGGAACAUUUGCACCAGUGUGGGAUGUGUUCAAAACAUCUACGGAGAAAUUAGCAAACUGUCACUUGGAUCUUGUUAGAAAAUUACAAGAACUAAUAAAGGAAGUUCAGAAGUAUGGAGAAGAACAAGUAAAAUCUCAUAAAAAGACUAAAGAAGAAGUUGCAGGAACUCUGGAAGCUGUUCAAACCAUUCAAAGCAUAACUCAGGCCCUCCAGAAAUCCAAGGAAAAUUACAAUGCCAAGUGUGUAGAACAGGAACGUUUGAAAAAGGAAGGAGCUACACAAAGAGAAAUAGAAAAGGCAGCUGUUAAAUCUAAGAAAGCUACAGAUACCUAUAAACUUUAUGUGGAGAAGUAUGCAUUAGCAAAAGCUGAUUUUGAACAGAAAAUGACAGAAACAGCUCAGAAGUUUCAAGAUAUUGAAGAAGCUCAUCUCAUUCACAUAAAGGAAAUUAUAGAAUCCUUGUCAAAUGCUAUAAAGGAAAUUCAUUUGCAAAUAGGCCAGGUCCAUGAAGAAUUUAUAAAUAACAUGGCUAACACUACAGUUGAAAGCUUGAUUCAAAAGUUUGCUGAGUCAAAAGGCACUGGGAAGGAAAGACCUGGCCUUAUUGAAUUUGAAGAAUGUGACCCUGCUAGUGCAGUUGAAGGUAUAAAACCAAGGAAAAGAAAGACUUUUGGUUUACCAGGGAUAAUUAAAAAGGAAAAGGAUGCAGAGUCUGUGGAAUGCCCUGAUGCAGAUUCACUUAACAUUCCUGAUGUAGAUGAAGAAGGCUAUAGUAUAAAACCAGAAGCAAAUCAGAAUGAUACCAAAGAGAACCAUUUCUACUCAUCUAGUGAUUCUGAUUCUGAAGAUGAAGAACCAAAGAAGUAUCGGAUACAGAUCAAACCCAUGCAUCCAAAUAACUCGCAUCACACAAUGGCUUCCUUGGAUGAAUUAAAAGUGUCCAUAGGAAAUAUCACGCUCUCCCCAGCAAUAUCCAGACAUAGCCCAGUGCAGAUGAAUCGGAAUUCUUCUAGUGAAGAGUUAACAAAAUCAAAGCCAUGUGCUGCUUCCAAUGAGAAAGGGACCAGCGAUUUACUUGCUUGGGAUCCCCUGUUUGGACCAUCUCUUGAUUCAUCUUCUUCAGCUUCAUUAACUUCGUCAUCGUCAUCAGCCAGGCCCACAACUCCUCUUUCUGUAGGCACCAUUGUCCCACCUCCAAGGCCUGCUUCCAGACCAAAGCUUACUUCAGGCAAACUCAGUGGGAUUAAUGAAAUACCCAGGCCAUUCAGCCCACCUAUAACUUCCAAUACCAGCCCACCUCCUGCAGCUCCUUUAGCCCGGGCAGAAAGUUCUUCCUCUAUCUCAUCUUCAGCUUCAUUAAGUGCUGCCAACACUCCAACAGUAGAAGAUGAUAAUUUGAUUGGGACACUCUCUGAAAUUGAAAAGCACUGUGAGACUUCACAAGGUGUGUCACGAGGUCCCAGCCCUGUCAGCCUUGGAAAUCAAGACACCUUACCUGUGGCAGUUGCCCUCACAGAAUCUGUUAAUGCCUAUUUUAAAGGAGCAGAUCCCACCAAGUGUAUUGUGAAGAUCACUGGUGACAUGACAAUAUCAUUCCCAAGUGGAAUUAUUAAAGUCUUCACUAGCAAUCCAUCUCCAGCUGUGCUGUGCUUCAGGGUGAAAAAUAUCAGCAGGCUAGAGCAAAUUCUUCCAAAUGCACAACUUGUGUUCAGUGAUCCAUCACAGUGUGAUUCUAACACAAAAGAUUUUUGGAUGAACAUGCAAGCUGUUACUGUCUACCUCAAGAAGCUAUCAGAGCAAAAUCCAGCUGCUUCUUACUAUAAUGUAGAUGUAUUAAAGUAUCAGGUAUCAUCAAAUGGUAUUCAGUCUACUCCUCUAAAUCUUGCAACCUACUGGAAAUGCAGUGCUGGCACCACAGAUCUUAGAGUGGAUUAUAAGUACAACCCAGAAGCUAUGGUGGCACCAAGUGUGCUUUCCAACAUACAGGUGGUGGUACCUGUGGAUGGAGGAGUCACAAACAUGCAGUCCCUUCCCCCUGCGAUAUGGAAUGCAGAACAGAUGAAAGCCUUUUGGAAACUGUCUGGUAUUUCAGAGAAAUCAGAAAAUGGAGGUUCUGGGUCCCUCAGAGCAAAAUUUGAUCUUUCAGAAGGACCUAGUAAACCCACCACACUUGCAGUGCAAUUCCUCAGCGAGGGAAAUACCCUCUCAGGAGUAGAUAUUGAACUUGUAGGCACUGGCUAUAGGCUUUCCUUAGUAAAGAAGCGGUUUGCCACUGGACGAUACCUGGCAGAUUGUUGAUGGACCUGGGACACUGGUUGGCUCGAGAGAAGUACAGGCUUGCCAUCCUGUGUUGUCUAUUCUUUCCAACACUAUGUUAGCUUGAAUUAGGUCUUUGAACGUACACAUAUUUGAGAACUGAUUACAAACAUUAAGUUGCACUUUUGAAAUGGGUCAUCAAAAGCAAUAGCACUGAAAUGAUUUUCAACACUGUUAAUGAUCAACUGCCAUAUUCCAGAAGCACAUUUGUUGAGAUUCUCAGUAAAAUGAAGUUUUCCUAGGCUGAAAUUUUACAUUAUCUUCAGUGUCUAUGUUCAGUAGUAGUGUAUUAUCAGGCCUAAAAUUUCAGGAGAGCAAGCACAAAAUAAUUCAGCUUUCCAUAAAUUUUUAGAGUCAGAGAUAGCUUUGAAAUUUCCUGAGUUUGAUAUUGAAUGGAGUCACACAGAACGUGACUUGUAAGUUUUGGAUAAUGUUAAUUUAGAAUGCUCAAAUUGAGUUAUGUGCCAUAAAGUAAUCAGACCAGAGUCCAAGGCGUAUGCAAAAAAUGUAUAAUUUGAUUCUCAUAUAAACAUUAAUAAAGUGUAAAUGGUGUUUUGUAUGAUUUUUUUUUAAUUCUCAAGUGCAAUGUUUUUAAAAUAAGCUUGCAAAAGACAGCAGAGAAAUUUACUUCUGCAGUUAGUUAACUUUAUAGAAUUUGUGAUUGUUUUUAAGAAUUAAUGCUGUAGAUUUAAUUUAUUUUUAUAUGGAUUACAUAAUGUGUGCCUUUUAAAACAAUAACAAAAGCCAGAAAUGUGCCUAUCCAGUUUGUGUUCAUUAACGUGCCUCACUUUUUUUCCCCUGGCAGUCUGGAUCUUCUCUUCUGUCUUAGGGUGGUCAAGCAUUUUUACAACAUAAUUGCCAUUUGUGUAAAUACCUUUGGCCUUAGUUGGGAAGGAAAUUCAGAGUAACUAAAGGAUAAUUUGUACUUUAACACUGUGGCUCACUUUUUCAGUGAUAUACUAUAGCCACUCGAAAGAGAAAUAUCCCCAAGGGCAUAUGUUUGCAGGGGGGAAACGUUACCUUCAGUUAUUCCACCUGAGUAUGUAAAUCAUAAAGGAAAUAUUGAAAAACUGAUUAAUGAUUAAUUGGUAACUGCUGUUUUAUUUCUCAGCUUGGAACUUCCCUUCAUUCUUUUUAUCAUUGGAAAUUUAUAUACGUUACUGAACAUGUUGUGAGCAUGAAUUUCUUAUUUUGUGAGGAACACAUUUAAGAAACAUUAGUUUUGGCAUUGGAGAAGUACUGCCGUUGUUUUCAUUUCAACAGUUGGGAAAAUUACCCAUUUAUAGGUUUUUAUUAUAUAACUGCCACCUGCUAGAAAUGUGGAGAUUAUUUGAAGUGAUGGAUUGGGUUAAGCAUUUCUUUAUUAAUUACUUAUUAAGUAGUAAAAAACCUAACUUUAUAGCAAAUCCUGAUUAAUUGAAGGACUUAAAAUAUUUUGGACAGUUUCAUGAUUUACAAAUGAAAGUUUUAUUUAUAAGGAUAAAUGCCAGUGUCCUGCAUUUUACGUAGAAGUGAUAAAUUGUGUUAUAUAUGAUAAUUUAUAUAAAACCACUAAUUAUUCUGUUGAGCUUUAUGGAACAUAAAACCCCUACUACUAGACACUUAUGUAAUGUCUUGCUCUACUAAAUACAGCAGAAAAUCUACUUACUAGCAAUACAUGUAACACAAUAUGUGCUUUUUAAAUAUAUUCAGUGUUAGCCCAGUUCUAAAUUUAGAUUUGACUAAAGCAGCACAUUAAGACAAUUUGCUGAAAUGUUCAUCUUUACUACACAGUGAGUGAAAUGAGAAUUGCUAACUCUUAUAUUGUGUUCUUUUAAAUGCCAAUUACAGCCCCUUACUGAAAUCUUAAAUGUAACUGCUUUGUAAUCGGGCUCUUCUAAUGGGCAGUUAAUACUUUAUUAUUGGACUUCAGACACCAUUACACUCACCAUGUUUGUUUUUAAAUCAAGUAUUACCUGACAAUUACAAAUUAGUGAAAUGGUUAAACUUCUGCACUUUCUUAAUUACCACAGUCUUCAUACCAAGUGUUGAUACCUACAUUUGUAUUAGGCACAGGUUACAAUUUUGAAGCCAUAUGAGUUUAUAUUGAUUUUUGUUUUUCAUUUAAAUCCACUAAUGGUGUAAAAAAGACCAGUAGAUUUUCAAUGGGAAAUGUAUUUAGCAAGCUGGUUCUUGCUUAUGUAUAGUGAUAAACUUUGUAGCUGCCUCUUUAACCAAGAAUUUGUAAACACAGAACUCUAACAAAUGUGAGUUUUUAAGAAAUGUUAUUUACUACUUUGAGUUGUAAUUAGAACAAUGCAAAUCUAUCUUACACAAUUUUGUAAAUAUUUUUGAUUUUUUCAUAAAAUGUAAAUUUUACAUAAAAGUGGUACCCUUAAUAAACAUGUAAUAUAU